CACUUCUGGCUCCGUUCAAAGUUCAGUUCGUCGUCGCUGUCGUCCUAGUUGAAUGGAACAAAAAGAAAAGUGCGAAUUUUGUGGAUUUUAUUAACUUUUGCAUCACAAAUCCAUUGAUAUUCUUUAGUGCAAACCGAACUCGCAAAAGAAGGAAGUGUUAUCACAAAGUUUGAGGCUCAGUGUGUUUGAAACACGUCAGUUAAACUUGUUGAAUCUAGAAUAGUGUGAUAAGUCUACAAGACAUUAAUUCAAAAUGAAUAGUAUCGUAAAAGUGUUUAGUAACUUCCGGGAAUUCUACAGUGAAAUCAAUGGUGCUACGUUGACAGGGGCAAUAGAUGUUAUCAUAGUGGAGCAGCCAGAUGGAUCGUUCGUGUGUUCCCCGUUCCACGUGCGUUUCGGCAAACUUGGAGUUCUCAGGAGUCGCGAGAAAAUUGUAGAUAUUGAAAUAAAUGGCGAGCCGGUUGACAUUCACAUGAAACUAGGUGAAUCCGGUGAAGCCUUCUUUGUCGAAGAGUGUCUUGAAGAAGAUGGCGAAGUUCCGGCUCAUAUGGCAACUUCGCCAAUUCCCACUAGUUCGUUCAAUGCAAAUUACGAAAAUUCUAUUGUAACAGUUACUAAACAGUUGGAAGAUGAGAAUUUGCCAAGGCCAAGGCGUAAUUCGAUUGAUUUGUCGAAGGAAAAUACCGAGUCAGAUAAAUCAAAAUUUGAGAACCAGAAAUCCGAUUUCAGCCACCGGCGGCACACAGAUAACACUACAGGAAGACCCGACCUAACUUUGACCAAGAAAGAAUUUACUACUCAAAAAAUUCGCCAAGAAUGGGCAGAAGUGGAACAGGAACAAAUUUUCCAAAUGGACGGAAUUGAAAGCUCAACUACUGAAUGGCAAAAUAGCACUUUACUUCCUAGUAACAACGAAGAGGAUAAACAUUUUAAACCUAUUGAAACAGUUCCUACCUCAACGGAAUCUAAGCCAACCAAUUCGGAGUUAGCAGUUCAAGAGGAUCAACAGGCACAGCUGCUAGAAGACAAAACUAAUGCGGAUUCGAAAUCAAAAAAGAAGCGCAGAAAGCGGUCAAUCAUGAAGAAGAAAAAUUCUCAACGGAAAAAUUCGUCCAGCAGCUCCGGAGGAUCGAAUCAUUCGGACCAGAACGAAGGUGUUGAAACUGAUAGUAUUACUGCAUCCCAACCUACUGCCUCAUCUGCUAGUGGAUCUCCGAAGGACGGUGAGCCGGAAAAUGUGCCGACAGUAACUGCAGAAAAUGCACUUAAAGAGACCCCUGAAAUACCGACCCGGGGUCACGAAUUGGAUAUUCAUUUCUUCAGUGACACUGAAGUUACAGCCGGUACUAGUCCUCGCCAAUCUCGCCCUUCAACACCGAUUCAAAGUGACACCGAAUUUGAAAUCUCCCAACGUGAGAAUACGGAAGGCGAUAACAUGUCCGCUUCGUGGAAAUGGGGAGAACUUCCAACCAAACCAGAAGAUACUGAAGACUUGAGCACCUCACAGGGGAAACAAGCUCAACGUAAUUCGAUGCUCAGUGGUUUGAUGAGUUUUAUGAAGUAUAACAACAAGAAAAUGCGAAAAAACGUCCCAGAGGGUUUGUAUCUGUCGGAUCUUGACGAAUCUUUAGAUCCGGAAGUAGCUGCUCUAUACUUUCCACCAGUUUCUUCUAAAGCUCAGCAUGCGCAAACGGAAGAAGACAGAGAAAGCGGAAACGGAACAUCUCUACCGCAUAGCCCUACAUCACUGGAAGGUAUCAAGAGCUUGGAUUCCGAUUAUGACGACAACAAGGACAAGCUUUCGUUGGAUUUCAUCUCUCUUUCCUUGUGCGGCGGUUUGGACAAUGGCACACCAACGUAUGAAGAGUUUGAGAAGCAUCGCCUUCAGUAUGCAGAUGUGUGUAACAAUCCAGCCAUUUUCUCUUCGCCGGAUCUGGUAGUACGGAUCAAUGACAAAUACUGUUCAUGGCAAGCCGCCUGCCCGCAGGUGAUGACAAUGCUGGCAUUUCAAAAGUCGCUUCCGAAUGAACAGGCAGAAACUCCAGGCAAGCCAAAGUCACUGGACGUUGCUGCGGCUGGUUCCGUAGAUGCCGACGCACAAGCCACCAAGCAACAAGUUUCGCAGACGUCGGCAGAGGCCAAUCGUGGCGGACGUUGGUGGUAUUGGCGUAGAUCCAACGACAAAGCCACUAUGAAAACUGACAACGAAAUGUCUGAACAGCCGUCGAAAACAUCCGCCAUAGCUACGCAAACAUCUCGAUCAAAUACUCCGGAGGACGUUGGGACCAUGACGGAGAGUCUCAGCAAAACCAAAGAGGAUGGAUACAACGGUUCGCUUAGUUCGGAGGAUUCCGAACUUCCCACGGAUCAACCUACGCAUCAGGAGUUCAUGCUGAAUAAAUCGGACAGUUUCAUCGAGAAGUAUCGAAAAACACUUCGGCUGUCGUCCGAACAAAUCGAAAGUCUCAAUCUCAAUGAGGGAAUGAAUGAAAUUAUGUUCAGCGUGACUACAGCUUACCAAGGAACAACGCGUUGCAAAUGCUAUCUUUUCAAGUGGAAAUACAAUGAUAAAGUUGUGAUUUCCGAUAUUGACGGAACAAUCACAAAGUCCGAUGUUCUUGGACACCUUCUUCCAAUGGUCGGCAGAAAUUGGGAACAAAUAGGCGUUGCUCAGCUGUUUUCCAAAAUUGAAGAAAAUGGUUACAAGAUGUUGUAUCUUUCGGCACGUGCCAUUGGUCAAUCUAAGACGACCAGAGACUACCUGCAGUCCAUACGUCAGGGCGAUGUGAAACUGCCGGAUGGUCCGUUGCUCCUCAAUCCUACCUCGUUGAUGUCGGCUUUCCACCGGGAGGUUAUCGAAAAGAAACCGGAACAGUUCAAAAUAGCUUGUCUGAGUGACAUUCAGGCACUAUUCCCGGAUAAAAACCCUUUCUACGCGGGAUACGGCAACAGAAUAAAUGACGUAUGGGCUUAUCGUGCAGUCGGAAUACCCAUAUCUCGCAUUUUCACCAUCAACACAAAGGGCGAACUGAAGCAUGAAUUGACGCAAACAUUCCAAUCAACCUACGCAAACAUGGCAUACAUUGUGGAUCAACUAUUCCCUCCCAUCAAGCACAUAGAAGAAGAGGAUAGCGAGUUCACCAGCUUCAACUACUGGCGGGAUCCAGUACCGGACAUCGAUUUGACCUUCGAUAUGUCCAGCAGCUCUCAGAGUGGAAGCGGCAGUUCUACGCCGGUAUCGCUUUUAUCGGGUAAAGUGACUCCCACUAGCACACUGGUACAACAGGCCCUACCUACUAUUCCGGAAAAUUAAACCAUCUUUAAUUUCGUUUUCCAAAGAUAACCAUACUUUUAAUCGCGUAUCAGUAUCGUAUCAGACACUAUGUGGGUAAGAAUAAAUGUUAAUGCAUAUUAACUGCUAGCUUUCCGUACAGAUAUAGGCUUAAGCCAUCAUAACCGAAUUAUUCGAUAAAUCGAAAAAAAAAAAAACACACACCAAUGCAUCCUUCAAUAGCUUAGAUAGAACUUGUCUCGUCUGUGUAUUAAGUUUUAGUUCAGUUUCAUGUCUCUCUAGUUUGCCUUUGAUAGGCCAUUAUUGCAUCAAAACAGCCACAAUGAUAACAUUAUAAAACCUACAGAAAGAUGCUCCCAAUUAGAUACAAAAUAAUAAAUUGCAGUGCUCGUAAUUAUGAGUGCUGAUAGUGAGGUGAACUCAAACUAUACUAGAAAUGAUCAAAUUUGCGGUGAAAUAGAAACUGAUCGGAGCCUAGCAAGUAGUGGAUACCUAUUUUCGAGAUGGGGUGAGCGGCUGGAGCAGCGAGUCUGCACCAAAUUGAGCUAAUGACAUGUGAUAAUAAUUUCUAUUUAUAUUUUUUCGUUUUCAUAUAUUUUAGUUAUUAGGUAUGAAAUAAAUAGCAACAUUGCAAAUCAACGUAAACAGUAGAAUAUUUUUCUUUUUUUCAAUACUUGGUUGGAUAGAAAGGCAAACCACUCAGUUACGCUACCUUUCCGGUGCGAUAAGGCUUUAUCGAAGCAGAAAAUUGAUAACAUUAGAUGGUUCUUUUCGUUCAUGCCUUUACUGGUACACGAUCACUCAACCGGCAAGCUUUUGAAUAUAAGCAGCGGUGAAUGAAUGAAGCUGCAUUCUGAAUUCGGAAUACAAUGAAAAAAGAGAACGACCAUAAAAUCUUUGAAAGAAAUCAAACGAAUUGAGUGUAGCAAAGUCGUCGAGAUUGAACCAUGACGAAAAUGUAUGAAUUCGCAUUUUUUUUUUUUGCUAAAAUCGUUGAUUAAACGCUAACGUACUGAGCUUCAAAGAA